UCUGCAUCUUCUUAUCAAGACACCACAUUCUUUCCUCGUUUAGACACUCUCACGCUUGGAGAAAUGCCAUGUCUAAAGUGUAUCGAUGAUGAAAAGAAUACUUGUAGUAGGAGUAACAAAAUUUCUUCCAGUGUUACUAAUACCAUUCAUGAUCACCUCCAGAGUGCUCAAGUAACCGGCUCUUAUUGGUCGUUGUGCCAAUACCCCACAAAGAUAAUCAUAUCCACAUGUGAUGCAUUGUCAAGUCUAAUUCCAUGGUAUGCACUAGGACGAAUGAAUAGGCUUCAAGAGCUGAAAAUUGAGAAGUGCAGUAGGAUGACAGAGGUAUUUGAAAAUGAAGGAAGUGGGGCUGGUACUUCAUUAACAAGUCUACCUCUACAAAACAUUAUUACUACUGUAGCUGUCCCUCAACUCUCCAACUUAAUAACUAUGAGUAUCUAUGGGUGUGACCUUCUUCAACAUAUAUUCACAUUCUUCACUCUUAAAACUCUCAGUCAUCUCAAAUAGUUGAAAGUAAAAGGAUGCGAGACAAUACAAGUGAUUGUAAAAGAAGAAAACAAAACGUCAUCAGAAGAAGAAGAAGUUGUGGUGUUUCCUAAUCUGGAGACGCUUGAACUUGACCGUCUACCAAAGCUCAAGAGUUUCUUCUUGGGAAUGAAUGACUUCCGAUGUCCCUCUUUGGUGAAUGUUAUGAUCAAUGAUUGCCCUCAAUGGGUGGCAUUUACAUCUGGUCAGUUGGAAACUCCAAAGCUCAAGUACAUACAAACAAGCUUUGGCAAACAUAGUCUUGAAAGUGGCUUUAACUUUCAGGUACGCAAACCUUUUUGUUUAAACUUAGAUUGAAA